UGCCAAUAGCUUUGUGGGAAUUGCGGCCGGCCAUUCAAGUCAGGACUCCCAGCUCCUAGAAACGCCAUCUUUGCUUCGAUCCGAGGAGUCUACUUUCCUGUAUUUUCUAGACUUACCGCCGACCAAAACUCCCAUAAUCCAGCGUACUUGUCGACCUAACCUACACCGCGACUCGACGCGUCUAUUUGCAUACGCAUAAAGCUGUCCACUGUCAACCCACCGACUCAAGUUCCUGGGCCAAAACACCACGUCCCGAGAGACCCACGAUUUCCCACCACCCCCCCUCAUGCGUCCUCCUCAGCGACAAACACAAUCAUGACGGCAAGCGCAAAUCGGGUGUCGACGUACACAUCGGCUUCCGCGGGGUCAGACGGCCGCAAUGGAGAGAAGAAGGACCUCUGGAGCUCCAUGCUCGACAACGUAGCCAGCAGCAAACGGCUACCGGAGAAGAACAUGAUCGUUCUGGGAGGUUCGCCAGAUUCGCAAAAGGAGUUUGUCGAGUCCCUGUCGCACAGCAGCGAGAAGCGAAGCCUCGAUCGCAACACCUCAAAGACGCCUCCCAUUGCAAACAGCUUCGCUCUUGGGUAUACCUACUACGACGUCCUGGAUGCCGACCAAGAAGACAUACUUGCGCGGAUCUCCCUCUACAUGCUUUCGAACCCCUCAGAAUCAUUCCCGAAACUUAUUCAACCCCUAAUUAAACCCGAGACGAUACCGAAUACCCUAAUGGUCGUGCUCCUUGACUGGUCUACACCACACUUGUGGAUGCGCCAACUUAGAGAAUGGAUCUUGUUCACGCGCAGCAUCCUCGAGAGCUCGGGCAACGAGUGCCAGGCGACGAUGGAGGAGGUGAUGGUCGGUUGGCGGGAUAGGGGCAGGGGAGGUGGCACGACGAACCUCGACGGCACGGGAGCGACCGCCAGCGAAGGCGAUGUCGCAUUGCCUCUUGGACCCGGUGAAUGGGAAGAGGGCAUAGGUCUGCCGCUCUGCGUGGUCUGCCAGAACGCGGAGAAGAUGGAGGGUCUGGAGAAGACGCAAGGGUGGAAGGAGGGUGACUUUGACCAGGUUCUGCAGUAUCUCAGGACAGUGCUGCUGAGACACGGCGCAUCGCUCAUUUAUACCACACCAAACGUCCCUUCAUCAUUACCGAGUCUAGUGCACUCGAGUCUAGGCAUCACCUCCCUACUAAAACGACAACCUUUGAAGCACAACACGAUUGACAGGGAUAAGAUCCUGGUCCCGCCAAACUGGGACUCUUGGGGCAAGAUCCGCGUGCUGAGGGAUGGAUUCAAUGUCGAAGAUACCAGUCAAGGCUGGUCGCAUGAUCUGCAGUCCACUUUCCCUUCACCCGCGAUGACGACGGACGGGCUGACCAUUUUAGCUAAGGCCAAGGCGGACGGAGACUACAACGGUGAAGUUUCGUCCUCAGCAGUGGCGCCGUUUGAAGACUGGAUCCGCGAUCUCAGCCAGGCCGGCAGCGCCAUCUCAUUCGCAGGUCGGGAUGGUGACCCAUCGCAGCUGGAGAUGUCAUCAACCGAUACGCAAGAGUUCCUCGGUUCCAGUCUACAGACUCUGGACACGCACCGCAGCCGGAACAACGAUGACAAGAAGGCAGACGCCUCAAAGUCGAGAACGGGACAGCGGACCGACGAGUUGGAUUCCAGUGCGCUGCGGCAGGGCGCUGACGACGGCAAGGUCAGCCAGCACAUUGGGCCUGUGCAGUUUAACAUGGGAGGCAUCCAGGUGGAUGCGGACGACAUGGUGCAGCGGCUUAAGGACCGUCAGGCAUACAGUGCUACACAGGAUCCCACCACGCCACCGGCUGACACCGCCGAGGAGAAUCCUGAUGAGAUGGACAACGACAAGCUCCAGGCUUUCUUCAGCGGUUUGAUGAACCGCAAACAACCUGCCAAUGGCAGCCCCCGCGGAGGCUCGUGAGUGUGUUGAUGUCGAGCGACAGUGGGGGACUACGGGCAUACCCGCCCUAUGCUCGUUACGGGACCGAAGUUGAUUUCGAACCUGGCCAAGCGGUUAAAUUAUACCCAAUUGGUCUUUUCAGGGGAGGAUUGUUGAAUUUGAAAAGAGAGAGUUGACCAUGUCUGACGGACAUUGGCCACGAAGGAAAGCGACGAAAGAGAGUGUGUAUCUUGCCCUCGGUCGGUGUAUGUUGGAGGGAGAAGGCAAGAUUGCGCAGACGAGACGAGACAGUGGCGGCGGUUGGGCGAGAUUCAGUCAGAUCAGCAAUCAGUCAGUCAGUCGCUGUAGAAUAGAUACCCCGAUUAUGACAAUGCUUUGCGUUUGGUGUUACCUUGGGUUCAAGAAGGGGAUGUUGAAUGUGGUGACGGUGGAGUCGGGUGCUUCCACAGCUGAAUACACUCAGGCGAGACUUUUCCCAUGUGCC